AUGGUGGCGGUGCUUUACGUCGUGCUUCGACUCGUCGUUCUGGCCCCGGUGGCAUUCGGAUCCAUGAAAUGGUUGGAAAAGGCGCUAAAGGACACAGUGCGAUGCACGUCGCACGGUAAGGAGGUCGAGUGCUUGGACGUGUCCACGUGCGAACGGGGCGUGGCAAAGAAUGUCGCGAUCGCGUCGGUCUUCGACGCACAUGUGAACAUCGAAGACAUGUGCGGCGACCUGAAUCACACGCGAUGCACUAACGAGACCGCCGUCGACCACCGCCUCAAGCUCGCCGCGCUCGGGAGACGCGCGGGCGUCGACGUCAUCUUCGUCGUGCCGCGACGCGACCUGCAGUUGAAGCGGAUCAAUGGCUCGGUCGUGAAGCGCCUCGCGGCCGGCGGCGUCGACGUGCACAUCUCGGAGUGGAUCACGCCGCCAAAUCUCAGCCCCGACGUUCCCCUGGAGAGCGGCGGUUGCUGCGGUGCCCGCGAGUUCAUGAAACUCGCCGCCUACGGUUUCGCCGACUACGACGCCCUCAUCGUCGUCGACAACGACUUUGACGUCAACGACGUCAGCAGGGAGACGGGCUGGAACGGUGCGGGCUGGGGCCCGUUCCACUACAAGUUCGACGCGCGCAUGCAGGGCUUCAUCUACUGGUUCUUCUACCAGAACGCCGACGCCGACCCACGCUGGAAGCCCGUCCAGGUCGACCCCUGCGUCUGGAAUGUCCAGGGGCUCCUCAAGCAGAUGUGUAAAGCGGAGAUCUGUACAAUAGUAUAUGUUUACCGUCGACGAACGAUGGGCACUGCCGGAGCGAGCCCGCGGCGCGGCUACCUCUGCGACCGCGUCAAGGUGCCGAGCGCGCUGAGUUUGUGCGCCCUCUUCCUCACGGACGUGCCCCAGCUCCACGUCGCGCGCCACCCGGGCGCCUUCGUCGCAAAGGGCCGGACGGCG